UGGUUACAAAUGUGGUCACAGCCAAUUAAGUUACGCAGAGUAUUGCAAAAAGGACUGUAAUAGCUAGACCCCACAAUUUGUUGGUAGAUCUACCAUCUACCAUCAUGGCUGAACAGUCAAGAGGAAAUUUUCACCUUGACAUGUCAACUGAGGAGCUAAUGGAGUGGCUUAGGGAGAGAGGGCUGGGAGAGAAAGACCUGGAAGUUGUAAAAGCAAAUGGAUUCUUGGGCAAGUCAUUUUUGCUCACAACAGAAGACACUUGGAAAUUAGGAGAAAUUACAGCUGAAGGACAAGUUUUGCUCAAUAAACUUGUGGAGGAGGCCCGCACUGAGGAGAGGGCUGAAGUCAGAGAAGUACCUUCAAGUCGAGACUCCCCUGGAUCAGGCUCAGGUCAGCCACCCCCACCGCCAGCUGCACCUUCCCAAGGGCGAAUGCUAACUGCAAUGGCUACUCAAGCAACCCCCGACCAUUCUCCAGAGUAUCUGUCCUUCCAAGAGAACUUUGGAGCAUUGGUGUCCACAUUCAAAGCUCAACCUGCUGCAUACGCUGAUAUCCUCUUCUCCAAUGGCUACAUACCAGAUGAAGUUCUCGAGUUCUCUAGAAUAAUUGGAGUUACGGACUCCGAUAAAUCUCGAAAGAUUUUAGAUGCCAUCAUCCCUCGAAUUAAGCUCAAUCCCAGUGUAUUCAACUGCUUUAUCACUGCCAUUGCUGGCCCUUUUACUGACGAUGUUGUCAAGAAGCUGCACGAUAGUUACGAGCGGCACAAGACUGCGACCAGCCAUGUUGAACAGCCACACCCACACCAGCAACCUCCACCAAAGGCUUCACUCCCUCAGACAGACACAGCCUCUGAUGUGGGAGGAGUUGGUCUACCAGAGUUGAUAGACGAGUACCAUGUUAAUACUGUCCAACUUGAUCAGAUUUCAACUCGCACAGACUUGUUGGGUGAAGACGGCUUAAGUGAUGCUAACCAGAAAGGAGUUGAUUCUUAUGUCAACUUCUGGACUGGGAAGGACGUCCUGUAUGUCUACUUUCUCAAUCCCGAUAUUCUUGAGCAGGAAAAGUGGGAGUGUGAGUAUGGUGUGCUCAACAUCGAUAAUAUCCUCUCUUGGGCUGAGGCUUGGAAUCCAAAAAAAUUUCCCAAUAUUCCAAUCUUUAAGAAGACUGAUAGGGCAGAUAAAGCUGACAUCAGAGUCAAAUUUACAGGUGGCUCAUGUUGGGCAAAGGUUGGAAGCCAAGCGAUGACCGUUCCCCACAAUGAGCCCACAAUGACCCUUGCACUAAAAGGUCUAGAUCCCAAUAUGCAGAAAUCUCUUGUAAUUCAUCAAUUUGGCCAUGCCCUUGGUCUGUGCCACGAACACCAGCAUCCUGACUUCUGGAAGGUAGCGGACAGCUUGCUGGAUGUGAGGAAAAUGAAAAAGGAUCCUCGAAUGAAGAACGUGAAUUUUAACAGCGAUAUAUUGGAAAAUCAGUCACAAGAUGCCACGUUUAAGCCAGAGUACGAUCCAGACAGUGUCAUGCACUACUGGUUUGACGUGAACUGGCUUAAGAAGAAAGAGCACAAAAAUCUAUUAGAAGUUGUGGCUGAUGGAAACCUCAGUGAAGAAGAAAAGACAGUUUUGAGAGGGAUUCACAAGAGACAUUUAAAUUGUGCUGAUGGGCCUUCAAAGAGUGAUCUUGGUUUUCUACAGAAGAUUUACGCCAGUAUUCAGACAGCCAGUAUUCAAGACCAACGGUACCUUCGAAAACUGGAUGAGAUGAUAUCCGACAAAAACAACACGAUUGAGAUUCAGUACAUCAAGAUGCACUUUAUUGGUCCCUCCGGUAUUGGCAAAACGACCACUCAAAAGCGGCUUGUUGGAUUGAUUACUAAUCUAUCUUCGCUGCCCGAAGACCAAAGAAAACGUUCCAGUACAUUUCUUGCCGAGUGUAAACAAGCAUUGGCCUUUGUGAAUAAAUCUGGAACAAAACUUACAUUCAAAGUAUCUGAAAAUAUAGAUCAAGAAACACAGCUCCUUUUCUCUUACCUGAUGUCCUGUGAACCUAUUGAAGACAGUCAGCCUGAAGAACAACCAAACAAACCACAAACAUCCCUCCCUUUGAAGGAAACUACUGAAGAAGAGCAACCUCUUUGGAAGAGCGAUGUAGCUACUGCAACAGAAACGAAAUUCGUCUCACCAACAACUGGUCCAGAAAAGAAACGUCCUUAUGUGACUAAUAUCAAUGUGACUAAUAUCAAUGUUCAAGAAAUUAUCACAGAACUCCAUAGUAUUGUGGGUUCUUCGAGAGAUUACAGCGACGUACUGAAAGACGCAGUCCUACUCAAUCUUGUUGACAUAGGUGGGCAGCCUGGAUUCGUGGAGAUGUUUCCAUUCCUAAGCAGAGGUGCAGGGAUAUUCCUCACAUUCUUUCGACUGGACAAAGACCUUGAUGAAAUGUGUGAAGUAUCCUACGAACGAGGAAAUGACAAGAUCACACCGUACGAUUCAACGUACACAAGCAGAGAAACGCUCUCUCAAAUCCUCUCAGCUAUUAGCCACUACACCGAGAUUGACUCGGAUAUUGACAGAGACCUGUGUAGUAAACUAGGUAAACUGGGCUCUGCUAAGCCUAUUGCUGCACUCAUAGGUACUUUCAAGGAUGAACUUGUAAUGCAAAUCAAGGUCAAUCUUCUGUACGAGAAAUGCUUUACCUUAAAAAUAGCUGCUAGCAAGAGCGAUAGUGCCACUGCUAGCAAGAGCGAUAGUGCCACUGCCGACAAGAGCGAUAGUGCCACUGCUAGCGAUAGCGAUAGUGCCACUGCCGACAAGAGCGAUAGCACCACUGCUAGCAAGAGCGAUUGUGCCACUGCCGACAAGAGCGAUAGUGCCACUGCCGACAGUACCACUGCCGACAGUACCACUGCCGACAAGAGCGAUAGUGCCACUGCCAACAGUACCACUGCCGACAGUACCACUGCCGACUCAAACGAUAGUACCACUGCUGACAAGAGCAAUAGUGCCACUGCCGACAAGAGCGAUAGUGCCACUACCGACAAGAGCGAUAGUGCCACUGCCGACAAGAGCGAUAGCACCACUGCUAGCAAGACCGAUGGUACUACUGCCGACAAGAGCGAUCAUAACACUGCCGACAAAAGUGAUGGUGCAACUGCCGACAAGAGCGAUAGUACCACUGCUAGCAAGACCGAUGGUACCACUGCUGACAAGAGCGAUCUUACCACUGCCGACAAGAGUGAUGCCGACUCAAACGAUAGUACCACUGCUGACAAGAGCAAUAGUGCCACUGCCAACAAGAGCGAUAGCACCACUGCUAGCAAGACCGAUGGUACCACUGCUGACAAGAGCGAUCUUACCACUGCCGACAAGAGUGAUGGUGCAACUGCCGACAAGAACGAUAGUACCACUGGUAGCAAGACCGAUGGUACCACUGCUGACAAGAGCGAUCUUACCACUGCCGACAAGAGUGAUGGUGCCACUGCCGACUCAAACGAUAGUACCACUGCUGACAAGAGCAAUAGUGCCACUGCCGACAAGAGCGAUAGUGCCACUGCCGACAAGAGCGAUGGUACCACUGCUGACAAGAGCGAUCUUACCACUGCCGACAAGAGUGAUGGUGCAACUGCCGACAAGAGCGAUAGUACCACUGCUAGCAAGACCGAUGGUACCACUGCUGACAAGAGCGAUCUUACCACUGCCGACAAGAGUGAUGGUGCCACUGCCGACUCAAACGAUAGUACCACUGCUGACAAGAGCAAUAGUGCCACUGCCGACAAGAGCGAUAGUGCCACUGCCGACAAGAACGAUGGUACCACUGCUGACAAGAGCGAUCUUACCACUGCCGACAAGAGUGAUGGUGCCACUGCCAACUCAAACGAUAGUACCACUGCUGACAAGAGCGAUAGUACCACUACUGACAAGAGCGAUAGUACCACUGCUGACAAGAGCGAUAGUACCACUGCUAGCAAGAUCACUGCUGACAAGACCGAUCUUACCACUGUCGACAAGAGCGAUAGUACCACUGCUGAUGAACACAAGAAAGCGAUAAGGCUCAUUUUGACUCAAGAUUCCCAAAAGAAGAGUGAUGAUGAGCAACCAAAUGUCACUGAACAAGACAUGGCUGCCAUUCAGCAAAUAGUCAGCCAACACAUCAACUCAGACGCUUUCGAGAAAGAAGUUGAAAACUGUUUAAACAAAAAGUUGGCAAAGAAAAACGAAGCCGUGAGCACGAUUACCAACAAGUUUGAGAAGUUAUUUUCUAAUCCAAUAGACAAGAAGUUCAUAGCAGUCGACAACUAUGAAGGCACUGAUAUCGAUCCUCUUCGUGAACGUCUUUAUAGCAUGAUCAGUAGGUAUUUAAAUGAUACUAAGUUUCCAAUUCGCCAACAACAACUUUUGUUAGGAGUUGUACUGCGAAAAGAGCGUAAAAUUGUCUCAAUGGAGGAAUGCAUUCGUAUCGGUACCGAGGGGUUAAAGAUGAGUGAGGAUGAAGUUCGAUUCACCGUUUGGUACCUGGAUCGGUUUGUCGGAGCUUUGAUCUAUCGUCCUGACAUCAAGGACAAAGAUGGUUGGUUUGGGAACCGUGUCAUUUGCAACCCCCAAGUGGUAUUCAACAGCCUCAGUGCUCUUGUUGUCAAGCCACUACUGGAGCGCAAUUCUGAAGAUGGGACACAUAUGGGACAUUUCUCACUGGAAAUGAUCACUCAUUGCAAUUCGGUGGAAAACAAAAAGGUUAAGAAUAACGAGUUGAUUCCUGUUGAUAAGCUGCUCAUACUACUCGAGCAUUGCCACCUUUCGGCUACUAUCACAACAGUAGUUAAGGAUAGCCAUACCAUAAAAAAGGACGAAACGACGUACUUCAUCCCAGCUAUUCUCGACUGUGCAUCUCGUGAGGAACUAGCGAAACCACCCCCUACUGGCAUUGACACGCCCUAUCCUAUCAAGAUCACAUUCGACCCUCAAUACGUUCCCAUUGGAAUAUUCUGUGCCAUGAUCAGUGAAUUGGUCUCAAGAGGGGGUAAAGGCAAAGGCAUUCUGGGUAUGACUUGGAAACUUGUUGAUUCCUCAGUAAAGAGAAACCUUGUCUCCUUUCACUUAGAUAAAGUUGCCAAACAUUUUGUUACCCUGAUUGCUCACGUCGAUUGCUACGAGAUACGAGUUAUUCGCCAGUACAGGGACCAUUCGAUGUACGAGCUCUGUUCGUACGUCCUCUCAACCAUCCUCUUUGUGAUGAAGGAAAUAAGUCCUCAAUUAUCUCCGAUCAUUGCUUUCGACUGCUACUGCGGCAAACUUUGCCGCCUCACAAUAGGAGUAGAUCCCUGCUUUAUGUGUACCUGCUCUAGUAAAAUCUCUCUGAGCCCCCACCAAGAACGCUGGUUUUCAAAAGAAGCCAGCCUGGAAAGUGAUGUUUCUCUCCUUGCCCUGCCCUUUAUUGAUCUGAUGGAAGAGGACCCAGAGCCAAGCCUCUCCUUCAAGUGGACGAAGAGAAAUCCGAGAGUUAGUGGGAGUGAAAACGAAUUGAAAUUCAAGGCGUCAAAUAUUCACUUCAAGGGCUUUAUCAGUUGCAACAUCUCAAAGAACCAGAAGCAUUUUCUUACCAUUUACCACUGCCUGAAAGAGAUCGGUGUUGAGGACAUCUCCAGCUCUAAAACUGACCAGUUGUUUACCUGUGUGAAGGAAGCGAUCAAAGAGAUACGCUUUGACUGGUACAGCUUGGCUAUAGAACUGGACAUUGACUAUGCAACUAGGAAGAACAUUGAGAUGGACUAUCGAUGGGUUGAUGUAUGCUUUGAGGCCAUGCUGACACACUGGGUGAAGCGCUCUUCUCCUCCCCCCUCCUGGUCUACCCUUGUUAGAGCACUCGAGUCUCCUGCCAUUGCUCGUGGAGACAUAGCAACAAGCAUUAAGGAAAAUGAAAAAGCUACCACUUCUCCUGAUAUUUGCUGUCUAAACCCCAAAGAGCCCCUGAAUGUGAAUUGUCACUUGAGAGUAGUGAGGACAGCUGCCUGGGAGGCUAGGGCAAAAUGGCGUUUUGUGGGAGGGCAAUUGGGCAUCAAAGAGGGAACACUAGAUGCCAUCGAGAAGGACUAUCGGAAUAAGUCCGGUGUGUGUUUCACUGAACUACUGGAGCAAUGGUUGAUACGAUCCACCCCCGCCCCCACACUGCAAGCACUGAUCGAUGUACUCAAGUCUCCUGUCAUUGACCUUGGAGACUCUGCCCAAGACCUGAUAGAGAUUUGUGAGACUGUCACAGUAUAAUUAUUGCAUGGAGAACAACAAAAAUACUUAGCUAGCAUAGUGUAAGUAUUAUAGUAUAGUGUGCUCUUUUUUCGUAGCUCUGCCAUUGACUGUAUUUCGACAAAAAUUCUUAGCUAGCAUAGUAUAAGUAUAUAGUAUAAUUAUUCAGUGUGCUCUUUUCGUAGCUCUGCCAUUGAUUAUGGCUGUAUUUCGAUUACAUGUAUAAUGUGUGUGCAUGCCCACUUUACCACUGUG